AUGCACGAGGCAGAAGACGACAAACCGAGCGAGCUCGGAAACGACAACGCUUGUGACGCACAUGGUGACACUAGCGAUGAUGAUAUUGUCGAGGUGCCUCCUGCUGCUCCUCCCGUCUCCAGAGAAAGCCUAGACCCGUCGCAAGGAGACUCACCUGUUGCUCCAGUCCCGUUAAAAGACGCACUUAAUGACGCACUUAGUGACGCUUUACCCUGUGUCGCGGAGGCUUCAGCCUUUUCUCCCGUUCGCGUUCCCGAUUCUUCAUCCACCGCUGCCUCCACGACUGCUUCAACCGCCGCCGACACUUCCGCCGCUCCCGCCCCGUCCGCCGCUUCCACCGCGUCCGCCGCUUCCGCUCCGCUUCCCACUUCCGCCCCCUCCGCUUCUUCCGCCCCUUCCGCCGCUCCUGCGCCUUCCGCUCCUCGGGAGCCGGAGGAGGGCAGCGGGGAGGACGGCGAGAGCGACGACGACUGGGAGGGCAUAGAGGCGUCAGAGGCGGAGGAUCGAUUCUCGGCGGCGGCAGCUUUAGUGACGACCAUGGCGGCUACUGGAAACCUGAGGAUUGGAGAGGGGCUGCAGCUGCUUCUGUACGCGCUGUACAAGCAGGCGAGCGACGGGCCGUGCGAUGCUAAACAGCCCGCCGUGUACAACUUCAAAGCGCGGGCAAAAUGGGACGCUUGGAAGAAGCUGGGGAGCAUGAGUCAGGAGGAGGCCAUGGCGCAGUACGUGGGGCUGGUGGAGCAGAUGAUUCCCAACCCCAAUGAGGACUUGGUAAUGGCGCAGUACGUGGCGCUGGUGGAGCAGAUGAUUCCCAACCCCAAUGAGGACGAUGCGAUGGGUGCAGUGCGGUAUGUGGGCCUGGUGGAGCAGAUGAUUCCGAAUGCAGGUGAUGGUGAGCUUUAUGAAGAGAGAACCUAUGAAGAGAGAACCCCAGGCGAGGUGAGCUGUAUAUACGUGGGUGUGUGUGUGUGUGUUUGUGUGUGUGUGUGUGUGUCUGUGUGUGUGUGUGUGUGUGUGUGUGUGUGUGUGUGUGUGUGUGUGUGUGUAUUAUUGCAACACGUCUCAAAAGUAGCAGCAGCGGACGCUAGUGGUUCUGGCUUUGGUCGCCUGCAUGCGCUUGCUAGUGCUGACGUGGAGGACACGUCAGCAAUGGAGGAAUGGAUAAAGCAGCACCCCGAGGCUCUGGAACAGAGAGACGACGAAGGCCGGACGGCGCUGCACUGGGCAGCAGACAGAGGCAAGCUAGCCGUGAUUCGGUGCCUGCUGGCUCAUGGCGCUGAUGUGAACCAAACUGACGAUGAGGGUCAGACUCCCUUGCACUAUGCUACAGUGUGCGAGCACGAAUCAAUUGCAGAUCUUCUUCUUGAGAAUGGUGCCGAUCCAUGCCGCCCGGACAACGAGGGCACGUGCCCCAAGGACAUCCGCCCGGCCUCCUGGUCUGCCCCGGCUUGGACCGGGUCCGGCUGA